UUCCUCCCUUCUCUUCCAUUUUCUCUCCCUUCUUCCCUCUCCGUUUCCUUUUUCCUCCUUUUUCAUUUUCUCUCCCUUCUUUCCUCUCCGUUUCCUCCAUUCCUUCCUCCCUUACCUUUCCUCCCUUCUCCGUAUCCUCCCGUCUCUUCCAUUUUCUCUCCCUCCCUUCCUCUCCUCCGUUCGUGUUUUCUCUCCCAUUUUAUUUCUCGUUAUUGAACCCCCGGGGGCGGCACGUCAGCCACAGGGGCGCCGCUGAGGGCCACGGGGGGACCAUCGCACCUGUAUACCCUUAGUGGUUCGUUCCACAGGUUCCUCAGCAUCUAAAUGAGCGCCUGUGAUCAGCAUGUCAGCAUCUUCCGGGUCACAAGCAAAGGGGGAGAAAUCAAAGAAGUUCCAGUCACUGAACAUAAAUAAUAUAUUCAAGGGCAAGUCUAUUGAAACCACCCAGAAAACUGUAAUUCAGAAACAUGGCAUGCAAAGUCUGGGUAAAGUGGCGUCUGUGCGGCGCGUUCCCCCUCCUGCGAACCUGCCAAGCCUGAAGGCAGAGAACAGCGGCAACGACCCUAACGUGAACCUGGUACCUGCUGGCGGACAAGGAUGGGGCAGCAAGGCGGAGGAGAUGACCCCCGAUGGUUCCUCCACCCCUCAGGAGGUCACCCCGACCCCAACACCACCGCUCGACCUCACUCCAAAGGUGCCCGGGGCAGGGGUGCCUACAAGUGUGGAUGCGGCCGGCCCAGCAUCAACCAACAGCGGCCUUGGAGGCACCACAAGCUCAACUCAAAAUUCUCAACCUUCAGUGCUGGAUGGCGGGAGCGUUGGCGGCGCGAACCUCAACUCAGCAGCUGCAGCAGCCGCUUCAGCCGCCGCCGCCGCUGCAGCCGCCAGUAUUACCAACAACACCACCACCACUCCCAUCAACAACAACAACAACAGCAGCUGCACCACAAACAACAAAAACAGCGGCAGCCCCGGUGUAAACAGCCUGGCCCCCCCUGCCCCCUGCACCACCCCCCUCACCACCACCACCCUCCCCCCCCAGACCACCUCAAAGCCCUCCCUGGGGACCCUCGCCCCGAACCUCACCCCGAGCCUCCCCGUGCCAGCCCCGAGCCAGCCCCUCGUGCCGGGCCUGAGCAAUGGGAGCGGGGCGGCGGCCGGUGGCGUGGCGGGGAGUGGCGGGGGCAGCAGCAAGCCGUGGAGCAAUGCAGCGGCUGGCGGUGGGCUCCCUGGUGGUUCCCCCGGGGCACCUCACCCCCUGGAUGGUGGGCACCCACAGUCCUCCUCAGUCCAGCAGUCGCCGUUUUUUCAUCGGGAGUUCCCCAAGCUUGGUGGUGGCAGCUUGCCGGCAGAGUCUACGCCGCAGUACGGGCCUGGACCCAGUCUGAGGCCACAGACGGAGGGCAGCUGGAUUCAGGGUGGAGGGCGUGGUGUGGCGCAGCUGCCGCAGGAUGACCGCCUUCCCAGCCCACAGACCACAAACUCUUUUAAUGGUGACCUGCACCCCCCUAAUCGUACAGGGGGGCUGGGGCCAAGAGGAACCCCCCCUGGAGGUCCGUCAAUGGGCCCUGGGGGUGGUAUGGGCUCCAUGGGUCCUGCCCCACCUCACGGGGCGCAACUCCAUCAGUUUAGAGGCGUGACACCACCAUACAUGGGCCGUGGUAAUUUCCCCGGAGGCUUCCCGCCCAACUACCCCGGGCACCCCCGGCCGCCCUUUGGGAGGGAGCAGCAGCUACGUUACCGAGGCAACGGCCCCCCGCCCGGCCCCGGUGAGGAGGACAUAGUGGUGCCGCCGCCCAUCAUCAAGAAGGAGGCGUUGGAGGGCUUUGAGGAUGACCAGUGCCUGGCCGAGGGCUGGGCCACCAGUGCCGGCGAGGUGGACUACAACCAAAAGCUGAACUUCAGUGAGGACGAGGGUGCGGCGGAGGAAGACGGCAGCAAGCAGCGGCAGCUGGACUGGAAGGUUGAGCGCCGCGACCGCUGGGAGAAGGAGCAGCAGGGCAGGGAGGCAGGCCGUGGCGAUGGUGAAGACCUGCUGGGCCUGCGGGACAGGGACCAGGACAGGGAGCAGCAGCACCAGCACCAGCAACAACAGCAGCACCAACAGCAGCACCAGCACCCACAGCAGCAGCAGCAGCAGCAGCAGCCACUGCUGCGGGACAGGCCCCUCCUGGGCCCCAGGGACCGUGACCCCCGGCGGGAGGCUGGUGGAGAUGACCGCCGCCCCCAUGAUACCCGGAGGUACUCCCCCGGGAGGUGGCAGCCCCCCCAGCAGCAGCAGCAACAGCCCCAGCAGCCCCAGCAGCAGCGUGGGGCCUUUGACUACCAGCGCGGGGGGCUGGCCAGGGACUUCAGCGGCCCCCAGGGGUCAGGCAUGAGGGGGGCAGGACCCCCUCACCACCCCCCACACUCCCACUCCCCCUCCCUGGGCACAGUGCACCCCCCCAACCACCCUGCCUCACACCCCCACGCUGCCUCCCACUCCCCCACGCCCCACCCCCCUGCACCCCACCCCCGGGAAGAGGAGGAGGCCUGGCGUGAGAAGCGUGCAGCCACGGAUGAGGUUCAGGCCGCUCUGGAGCGUGCACGCCUGCGCCAGGAGGAGGAGGAGAAGCGCUUUGAGGAGAAGAAACGCUUUGAGCAGAGCAAGCAGCAGCAGCAGCAACAGCAACAGCAGCUGGCCGCUGGCGGCCCCGGUGGCGGAGGCAAGAAGCCCCACCGUGAGCUGUGGGAAGGGCGACCCAAGGAGCGUGAGGACCCCUCUGACCCCCACGGCAGCGGGUGUUCCCGCAGCAACAGUGAGUCCCGAGAGGACCGCGCGCCCCUCAGGGACUACCGCCAGUACCCGGACAAGCGCGAUGGCUACCGGGACACCUACCGGGACCAUCCCCGAGAGCAGUACGAGCGGCCCUAUGAGCGGCCUCACGAGCGGCCCCACGAGCGGCCCCAUGAGCGGCCCCACGAGCGGCCCCACGAGCGGCCUCAUGAGCGGCCCCGGGAGCAGCAGCCGGUCUUCUCCAACCAGUUCAAGAACAAGCUGCCGCCGCGCUUCCAGAAGCAGCAGCAGCAGCAGCAGCAGCAGGAGAUGAUGCGCGGACAGCAGCAGCCCUUCCGCGGCGGCCCAGGGAACCAGCCGCCAUCCUUUGAGCCGCGCUUCAACGCCGGCGUCAAGGCAUUCAUGGCACGCGAUGCUGACCCACUGGUGAAGGACAGACGCAUGAGAACGGACAGUGACACAUCUGGUGAGGUGGAGGAGCGGCCGGCCAGCCUGCCAUCCGCCGAGCGUCACCGGGAGGACCGGGAUGACCGUGCCCUCUACGACCGAGUGGACCGCCCUGAGAGGCUGGACAAGCUGGAGCGCCCGGACAGAAGCGACCUCAGAGCCAGGGAUGACUUCUAUGAUCGCCCUGAGAGAGACGGUAGGUACCGUGGCCGUGGGUCUCAGGGAAGCUACCGUGACCGCCCCGAGCGAGAGAGUUGGGCGCGUACUACCUACCAUGAGAAGAUUGAGGACCGGGAGAGGGCAGCGCAGGAGCAGCGAGACUUUGACUUUGACAGGAGGAGGAACAUGAAUGGCGAGGACUGGGACGGCAAGAGUCGGGACUUUGAGCGUGACAGCGGCAAGCCCCGGCGCCUGGACCGGCCCGACAAGGAGCCCCUGCUGGACCGUCGCGGCGAGGGCAAGAUGGAGUCCUGGGGCCGCCCCUACGAGCCGGAGCCCCAGCCCCAGCCCCAGCCCCAGCCCCAGCCCCAGCCCCAGCCCCUCAUGAAGGAGGACGGGUACGAGGGCGGCCUGGGGGGCGGCGGGGAGCUGCGCAUGACUCACAAGGAGUGGGACAAGGAGGUGGAGGCCGCCGAGAAGAUGGAGGAGGUGCGCGAGCGUCCCCAGCGGCCCGACAGCCGGGACAGCCGGUCCAGCCGGGAGUCCCGCGCCAGCAAGGACUCCUUCGACAGGUCCUCCAGCAUCCUGCCACGGGAGAAGAAGCUGGAGAUCACCUCCUGGGCCGACGCCACCUAUGAGUACGAUGACUACUACCGUGCCGAGGCCAGGGCCGAGGACCUCAGCGGCGGCCAGGAGUCCCCCAAGAAGGCCGAGGCCAAGGAGGAGAAGCCUGCCAAGGCCCCGGGCAAGGAGGCCAAGGAGGAGGCCCGCACAGAGGAGGCGGACGGCCCACAGCGGGAGGCCCAGAAGGAGGGCGGCGGGGGGCGGCCCUCCAUCGCCCCGGCCCCGGCCCCCAUCACCAGGGAGAGGCUGGAGGCCUCGGACAAGGAGAAGGAGAUCCGGAAGAACAUGACCACCCUGAAGAAGGCCAGCCAGGGGGAGGCGGCGGUGCGCAAGGUUGAACCCAAGGAGCCGCCGCACCCCAAGGAGCAGCGCGACAACGUUUGGGCAAGCCGUUCAAAAAACGGCGAACGCUCCCGCCCCGAUUCCAGCGGCACGGCGCCGGUGGGGGCCAGCAGCACGGCCGGCAGCCUGAGCAGCAGCAGCAGCAGCAGCAGCGGCAGCAGCAGCAGCAGCACCAGCAGGGCCGGGGAGGCUCCCAGCGUGUGGGGCCUGGCCCGCCAGCACCAGGCGGCGGCGGCGGCGGCGGCAGCAGCAGCAACAACAAUGGCACCAAGCCAUUCAGAGAACCCCACCACCAACACCACCACCACCACGGCCAGCACCACGGCCAGCGCGGUGGCGGCCACCAGCCAGGCCACCACUACCACCACCAACAACAUCAACAGCUGCAGCAGCAUCAACAUCAACAACAACAACAACAGAAACAGUAUCAACAGCAGCAGCAGCAGCAGCAGCACUACAGCGGGCAGCAGCACCACCACCAGCACCACUACCACCACCACCACCACCCCAAACAGCAUGGGGGGCGAGGCGGUGGCGGUGGGGGGCAGCAGGGGGGUGUCGUCCAGCCCUCAGGAUCAGGCUCAGGCUGGGUCGAUGGUGGCCACACCACAGCCACACCAGCCACAGCCACAGCCGUUGAUGCAGCAGCUCAUCCAGCCCCUGCCACAGCUUCAUCACCACCACCACCACCACCACCACCAGCAGAAGCACCAGCAGUAUCAAGAGGCAGAGCAUCCAAAGCAGCCGCCACAGCAGGCACAGCCGCCACAGUCGUCACAGCCACAGGCAAGCCAGCCGGCGGCGGCGGGCGCGGCGGCCACAUCCGAGGCCAGUUCCACCACUACCCUCGCACCAGGGUCUUCUCAAACAGCAACCGCUGGCGCAGAGACACCUGAGGCCGCCACUGAGGGCGUGGAGGCCGCCAAGGCUGCCGAGCGUGGCGGGGGCGCCAAGACCGUCACAGCGGGAGGGCGCGGGAGCAGAGGCAGCAGAUACGAGUCUGCCAGGAGCACAGGGAGGAGUGGAGGACCCAGAGGAGGGGGAGGAGGAGGAGGAGGAGGAUCGUUCCCUUCGUACCGUGGAGGGCGAGGGGGCCGAGGAGGAGGAGGAGGAGGAGGAGGGAGCAGUGGGGGUGCGGGAGACUAUGGGCGUCGGAGCCGAGGCCCACCUCCAAGGUUCCAGAACAGAGGUUACCGGGAGGAUGACUACUACUACUAUGAGGACUACCAUGGACGCUCUCACAGGGACCGAAAGGAUGACUGGGUGAGCUGCGACGGUGACUGGAGCAGUGCCACGGUGCCUGCCUCAGGCGGUGGCGGCGGCGGCGGCGUCCUCGGUGGCUCGUCUCUGCCCAGCGGCCGGGAGGAGAGCGGCGAUGGUGAGCGCUCCCAGUUUGGUCGAGGUGGCGGCCGAGGGCGAGGGGAGGCCAGGCGGGGGAGCUCCAGGGGUGGUGGCCCGGCACUGCAGGGCCAGGGCCUCUCAGGGGGCAGGGGGCGGUCUGUGGCGGCUCAUGGUGGUGGUGCUGGUAGUGGUGGUGGUGGUGGUGGUGGUGGAAAAUUUGGUCCUGGCGAUGAGGGGAAGGGGCCCGGCGCAGACGUCGGCGUGUCUGACCCCACCGCAGGCAAGUCUCAGGCACCGCAGCCGCCGCCUCCACCGCCGCAGAGCAGGUUUGACAGGAUGCCGCCUAGGUUCCAGAAGCGGCGGGAGUACGAGCGGCAACGCGGCGGCCCCGCCACUGGCAGCAGCAUGGCUGCCAAGAAGGGCCGGGCCAGUGCGCCGUCCAGCGCCCCAGGCAGUGCGGCGCUGGCCCCGGCGGCCCCAGCGGCAGCCAAGCCAGCCGCCACCAAGGAAGGGACGCCGGAGACCACCGAAGAGGCUGACUGGGAGACUGCCUCUGAGAGCAGCGACCCGGAGGCCCGCAAGGAGAACAAGGAGAAGAGCAAGGAGCUGCGCGUCGGAGUCGGAGUGAAAGGAAGCAAGCCUGAUAGGAAGUGGGCCCCCGCGCCAGGUGGGGGUGUAGCACAGGGCCGUAACACUCUUGCCAAGGAGUCUAGAGCCGAGGGCCUGGGGGUCACCCCCCAGAGGUUUGGUGAGAAGAAGGCUCCGCAUAAAAAUGAGAAAACUAAGAAUCCUUCUGGUCCAGGUGGAAAGGGCACUAGAGCUGAAACUACUGUCAAUCAAGUACAUGAGAUAAAGUUAGAGCCAAGUGUUGCUGAAGUGAGCAACUUGAGCAACAAAAGUAAGCCCAAGCAAGAGAAAACCAACCCGUUGGAGGGCAUCGACUUGAAUAAUUAUGCUAGCGUGGUGAUCGUUGACGACCAGCCCCAGGUGUCUGAGCUCAUCGGGGACCUCAUGGACUCCAAUGAUGGCUUCCAGGAGGUGACGCGGCGCAAGUCUGGCAAGGAGAAGCAGAAGACGCAGCCCCACGAGCCCGUCCCCGCCACCCCUGCCAGUGAGCCACCCCCCGCCGGGACCACAACGGCCGUUGGCCCUGCCCCGGCCUCCUCCGCCUCCAAGAAACAGCAGGAGAAGAAGAAGAGUCGCUCCAGCAAGGCGGAGCGCAGCGGGUUUGAGCGCUCCAGGCAGUGCAAGCUGCCGCCGCGCCUGGCCAAGCAGCGUGAGAACAACCGCAUCAAUGCCAUGAAGUCCGCGGGCUCCUGCAGCCCUGUGGAAUCCCCCGUCAACACGCUGUUCCCCGUCAAGGACCCGGCAGCCAUCCCCCCGCCCCCAAAGAAUGCCUGGGACAAGCCACUGACGGCCACCCUGCGCGCCAACUCCCCCUCACAGCCGCCGCCCGCCAUCGAGGCCACCGGCCAGCCAGGCAUCAAGCCGGCCUCCUUCGACAACCACGACAGCGGCGUGGAGAUCAGCGACCAGCCAAAUUCCGCCGGCAGCAGCCAGCGCUCCAGCCCCAGCGACGACCCCGCCAGCUUCCCCAAGGUGGACAAGAGCACGCUGGACGGCACCUCCGUGCCCUCGCAGACCAUCAUCUUCGAGAACACAAACUUCAAGGCGGCUGGCUCCGUCAACGCCACGGUGGGCGCUGAGUACAAGGCCAAGUUUGGCGAGGCCCCCAAGCCACAGCGGCAGCGAGAGAGCCGGGAGCGGAAGAGUGCCUCCCCGGAGACCACGCUGGCCCUCAAGGACGACAAGGACAAGAAGGUGGACAAGCCGGAGCCCAUCGAGCUGCCCCUCAACUUCUCCACCAAGGUCAGCGAGGAGGCUGCCCCAGACAUGAAGCUGGACUUCACCUUCGACUCUGAGCUGACGGAGGUGUCCGGCUCAGUGAGCAGCAAGGGCAUCAGCCUGCCCCGGCCGCUGGUCAUGACCUCCAGCAGCAUGCAGAGCCCCAUCUCGCCCUCCACCGACGACCUCAACCUGAAGAUCGCCUCCGUCAAGAAGGUGUGGGAGACCAUGGCGCCCGUGCCUGAGCACGCCGAGGACGCCAGCAGUAGCUCCGUGUCCUUCUCCACGGCCUCCUUCAGCGCUGUGGACAGCGUGGCCGGCCUGGACCACUCCCCGGCCGCCCUGGAGGCCUCCUUCACCCCCAAGGAUGCCGCCUCCGUGGGCUCCUGCGAGGACCAUGGCCCAGAUGUGACGGGCUACCAGGGUGGCUCACCCCUGCAGCAGGGGCCGGGCAUGGGCGGCAGCAUGGUGUACACCUCCUCCGCCGUGGCCUACACCUCCUCGGCAGCGGCCUCGCUGGCCAAGGCCGAGGUCAGCCGCUCCGGCAAUGUGUGCAAGGUCAAGCCCCAGCAGCAGGCCGCCAGCAGCAGCUCCGUGUCGCCGGGUCCGGCCGGGUCCUCGCUGGGCAUCACUGGCUCCCUGUCCCCGCCACUGGUGUCGGGUUCCACGGGGCCCUCCAACAGCAGCAUGUACCAGGCCCUGGGUGGCACCGCGGCCUUCGGGGGCAUCGGCGGGGCCAUCCCCUCGCCCCCCAUGGUGUUCAACUCCAACCCCCAGACGGCCGGCCUGUACCAGCCCUUCCUGGAUGGUGCGCCAGUCAUCGGGCAGCGCGGGGCGUCCCAGUUCUCCCAGUACCCGCCGUACGGGCUGGGGCAGAGCCUGGGCAGCAACGCCUUCGGGCAGCAGUCCAUGUUCCUGCAGACGCCGCCGCCGCUCACCACACCGGACCUGUACACCAACAACCUGUCCCAGUACCGCCUGCAGCCCACGGGGGUCACCGGCUUCGGUCAGAGCCAGCCACAGAACCAGAACACCGUGCUCAUCUCCACGGCGUCCAACUCCCUCAUGUCCUCGGCCGUCAAGCCCUCCACGCAGACCUUUGGCAACUCCCAGCAGAACUUUGGCACCAUCGGCUCCAAGGCCGGCACGCCCUUCCAGCAGAGUGGCCUGGGCACGGCCCUGCAGGGCGGCCCACAGCCAUCACAGCUCUACAUCUAUGACCCCAGCCAGUCCAUGGGGCUGCUGGGCUCACAGCUGGUGCCCAGACCCGGUGUGCAGAACUCCGUCAUCCAGGCCAUCCAGCCGCCAAACUCCUUCUACUCCAACAAUGGUGGCGGAGCCCCCGGGGCACCCCCGACAGCACCUCCCACGGGCCCCGGUGGCCCCCAGCAGGCCGCAGGCUUCUACACGGCCUCUGGGUCGCCCCUCCAGGCGGCGGUGCAGCAGCAGGCCCAGCCGCCGCUGCAGACGCCACCGGCAGCCUUUGGGUUGCAGGGGUUUGGCAACCAGUCCCAGCCCGGGCCAGGCGGUGUGGGCAUGCAGGGGUUUGGGUCCAGCAUGAGCCUGGCGGCUCAGCAGCUUGGGGCACAGGCCUUCCGGGGCGGCCCCACCCUCCCCCCCAGCUUCCUCAAGUCCUUGCAGCCGGGCGCUAACAUUCAGGACACCUCCAGGCAGCAACUCAAGUCCCCGGGCGCAUCACAGAACUCAUUCUCAACCUUCUUCCCCACAUCCAGCAGCAUAUCAUCAAGCGUGAACAGCAGCAGCAGUAACAACAGCAGCAGCGGCAGCGGCAGCAACAGCAAUGCCAGCAACACCCAUGGUGGGUCUAGCGUGCCGCAAAUCUCCUCCCCAAAGGCACAGAACAGGAAAAUGCCGAGCCAGCCGGGCCUGGCGCACCAAAGCUCAAACAGAAGUGCGUCGUACCCGACACAGAACACUUCUCAGAUGAUGGGUGGCAGCCUGAGGUCCACUGGCAUGGUGAUGGGUCUCCGCGGCCAGCUGCCCAUGGCCACCCAGGGUGGUCUGAGUGGCCCGGCCCCGCCCAUGGCCACCACCAGUCGCUACCCAAACCCCGGGCCAAUCCAGCGACCUCCCUCUUCUCAGGGCACGGCCACCACCGCAAGUCACCGCACCAGCCGGGGGGGUCCGUCUCAGGGGCCGCCGCAGCCGCCACAGGCAACGCAGCGCACCUCCAACCCCCCAAGCUCUGCCCAACAGGCCAAGCUGAGGGCUGACGCGCUCAGCACCACGCAGGCCUUCUUCAACAGGGACGCUGGCAAGUCGGAGAAGAAGGAGGAGAAGGUGACCGAGUCUAUCGUGUCGCCGAAGGAGGACCUCUCGGCGGACAAGGUCUCGGCCGUGCCUUCCAGCGUGGGCGACGGGACCCCAAAAUGAGGCUAACGGGACGCUCGCCGACGCCCCCGAGGCAGAGGCGCUCGUCGGACGGUCACGCCGCGAGGCCUCAAGAAGAUUAAUUUGUGGUUUAUUUUCGGAUUUAUUUUUUUCCGUGAAGCGAAAUCUUGUGGACGUAACUCUUGGUUUAAGUGGCAAUGGAAGCGGAUUUGCCGACGGUAGAAAAUAUAUCAUAAUGGUUUCACUCUUUGGUAGGACAGGAAGUGCAUCAUCAGUUUAAUUUUUUGUUUUUUUCUCUCAGUGAACUCUUAUUGUUGUUAUUUUCACUCUCCACUGGAACAAGCUUCUGCGAGUGCUGUGCUAGAAACAUAGACAGACACAAGUGAUGCUAUGGUUUCUUUAGAAGUGUAACAACUCACUCCUGGAUGGAUGGUGCAUUCAUUGUUCAUAUGUUAACUCUGGGUUGGUUGAGGUUGGUUGAUUGAUUUUCUCGUGGCCAGCUACCCCGGACCCCAUAAGUAAGGUCCGCCACUUGGGUCGAGCACCGUGCUUCGUUUGUAUGGUUAACUGCAGAGGAUUUGUAAGUGGGUAAUGCACACAAGUCAUCUCUUCUAAUAUUUUGUCUCCGGAUACCACAUUGAUGAUUCCCGGAGCUAGUACACAGUAGCGUUAGAAAUGUGCUUCUUCAAGGGGAACGGUGCCUCAGACGGCGCCCAUCCCCGCUAUAGAAAACAUGCUGCAUAUGACAUGUAAAGUAUCGCUGAUUACUCUUUUUAUUUACACUCAAACGGAACUACUACUAUUACUACUACUACUACCGCGACAGAAACGUUAGGUUUUUGUCCGACUUUCGUGUUGAGGCAGUUCAAGCAAGUAAGCAAGGCCCAUCGUGUUGUAUAAAGGGCUGGCAGUUACAGUGGCAGGUGGGCUUCCUGACUACACCUCCUCCUCUUCUUCCUCUCCACCAAGAAGACUCGCUCACCCCCCAAAGAGAGGAGAGGUGAUGAUACUUCCUCCCACACCUCCUCCUCCUCUUCCUCCUGUUGACUUGCUCACUCCCCCCCAAAGAGAUUAUGAGAGGUGGCAAUGCUUCAAUUCUUCAGGGUCAAGAGAAUGGAGGUCAGUGUUUACCCCUUCAAGACAGAAGGGGAAGAGGAAGAAUUGGAAGAAAGAAGGGAAUAGAAGAAGUAGAUGAUGAUUCUUCUGGGACACAAGAGAAUGAAGAAGGGGAUGGAAAUGGGAGAAAAGGAAGCAACAGAGAAGAAAGAAAGAUGAUAAAGGAAGAGAAGAAGAAAGAAUAUUAGAGGAGGAGGAGACAAGAAACGCUGAUAAGAGAAGACAAAAUAAAUGAUGAAAAAGAGGAGGAGGACAAGAAGACUAGGAAGAUGAGGAGGAGGAGGAGGAG